UAAUUCGUUUUUUUGUCCUAAAAAUGCUAUGGUAGCUCGUCGUAGUGAUGUUGUCACAACGUUGCAGCAAAUUAGUUGGCGCAUCGUAACACAACUUUGUCGCGAUAAUAAUUCGCAACGUUUAGCAAAGUUGGUGGAAUGUCACAGGUUCAUGUUGUUGAUACGUUGUAGCAAUGUUGCUGUCCUUCUCGCGCUGUAGGCCUUUGCUUGUUGUGAGGAAUGUUUUCUACCGCUUUUUCAUGUUAUGAAAUAUAUGAUAUGUAUAACAGUUGUAUUUUUCCAAAGAUUUUGUUUGGCAUGUAACAAGACACUGACUACAAUAAAUUCAAGUUCAAGACAACCUUCCAAGAUCUUUAUAAAAUCUAUCCUUACAAAAUCAACUUGUAUUUUUUUGCGAAAGAUUAGUGGUUCUUAUAUUAUUAUUUACAGUUUCCACCGGAGAUAUUACUGCCACAAGUCAAAGUGUUGAAGAAGCAAUAAUUAACACUACUGUAGUAAUGAAAUGGCAAGUAACACCUGGGCGAAAUCAAAAAGUUCUUUAAUGUAAAAGUUUUCUUUAAUGCUGUAUGUUUUACCGGAUUAUGUAAUGGUGAUUGCAGGUAAACAUUUGCCAACAGUAGCUGCAGAAGGUAAAUCUUUAUUUCAAGACAGAUUAACCGCUACCUUCAAUACAGCUGGUAAAAAUGAAUAUAUAGCAACUUUGGAAGGAAUUCAGUUCAAAGACAAUCACACAUAUCGGUUGAUAGCCUUCUUUGACGAUACAAUAAAUAUUGAAAGAAAACAUGGUGAUAUUCAAAUAAAAAAAGUUGUUGGAAAACCAAUGUUUUGUGGCAAAAAAUUAGAUCAAAAUUAUACUAUAGUAGAGGGAGAAAGUUUAAAUGUUAGGCAAGAUGUUUGUGGACACCCGAAGCCUGUUGUUGAUUUAAAGAUAGGAAGCCGUAGCAUUAGCUUAUCGAGUUCUUCUAGCAAGAGUUAUGCGACAACACAAUACAAUUAUACCAAUGUGUUAAUAAAACGCAAGGAUUGUGGCAGACACAUGGUUUUUACUGCUGAAAAUAAAUUAGGAAGAAUUAAAGACAAUGCCGUGGUUGGUGUUUUAUUUACACCGUCGACCGUAUCAGUAAAAUAUUCAUAUCGCGACAAUAACAGUUGCAUAUGGGUAUCAUGGGACAGUGAGAACACUGGCAAUUGUGCUGUUGAAUAUCAUUUACAGUUUGAAAAUAUUAGAGAUGUUUACAAUACCUACAAAAAGGAUUACAUUUACUGCCUCACGCCGAAUGCUUCCAAUGUCACUAUUUGGGCUUCAUAUAAAGGAAUCUCAGGCAAAAAGGUAAUUGCUGAGAUACAGCAUGUACCGCCAACAACAGAAGUUGUAAUACCAGAAAAGAUUAUCGUGCAAGGUAACGUUAAUUUCAUGUAUGAACAUAUGACGCGUUGCCCUGUAGUUAUGAAGCUCGCUCUAUAAUCAGAAGGAUGUUUCGGUCCACAAUGCGGCCAUGUUUAAUAAGUGUAUUUACCCUAGCUAUAGCCCAGCCCCUGUACUAUCUGAGGCAAAUUGGUUGGGCAAUUCCAUGUAAUGCCUAAUGCAUAUAUUGAAAACACAAAAACCACACUAAUAACAGUAACUCUAACACUGAGUGGGUUUAUCCUGUAAAAUUUCGGAAUAAUAAUGAUAAUAGUAAUUGUGGAAAAACGGUUUUUAAGCAAAAAUAUGAUUUUUUUUUAGAAGCGCAAACAUGAAGAAGAACUUGUAAUAAGAAAUUUGCUGAAGAAAAAACACAUUUUACUCUACUUAUUGUCAGAAAUAAAUAAAUAAUUUUUUAUUGGUGUAAGACAUUUGACAUUUAGACUUAUUAAAAUAUCAUACCCAGCAGAGUAUAAAAAAUAGAAAAGAAGCUUUUGAAACACAAAUAAACUAACUACUACGAAUUAAUAAAGUUGCUAAAUGCAUUGAUAACAUAUUUCCUAGGUUAUAGUAGAUUUAUUUUGUUUUAUGAAAAAUUAGAUUUACUUUGGAAUCUACUAUACGCACACUAAGAGUACUUUUUUUGCGGACAAUGUAGGAACAGAAUAAGUGAUCUCGUACUAAUAAUAUUCUUUAUUUAUUAUGCAGAUAAAAACCGAUUCCCGAAAAAAAUAAUCAUUGCAGUGACUAUCACACUGGCUGUAUGUGUAAUAAUUAACAUUACCACUUGCUUAAUUCUGAAACGCAAAGGCAAUAUUUCCUCCAAAAUUCACCAUCGAAAAAAGCAGUCCGUGGUCACAAGUAAUAUUGAUAAUUACGAAAUUAUAGAAAAACCCACAUCCAAUUAUGCAGACCUGAACUUACACGGUGUGGAGACAAGUUUGUAUGCUGAUUUGACAACAACUGCUGAAAGCACCAAACAAGGUAGAGGCAUAGCUCCAGUCGAUUUGCAGAGAGACGUCUAUGAGAACGCCAAAAUGUAGAAUAAUCGUUUAGAGAGGCGAACCUGUAAAUGCGUCAGAUUUUUUAAAUAUCUUUUAAGUGAUGAAUGACGGGUAAUAAUGAUGACAAAUAAGGAUGACAAAAAAGAGUUACUUCACUGUUGUUAGCAUUUGUUGAUGCAUUUAUAUUUUUAUUUGUUGCUGAAAAAUGUCAUAAUAUAUCAUUUAAUAA